AUGGCGGCCGGCGUCGCGGCCUGGCUGCCCUUCGCCCGGGCGGCGGCCAUCGGGUGGAUGCCGGUGGCCAACUGCCCCAUGCCCCUGGCCCCGGCCGACAAGAGCAAGCGGCAGGAUGAGCUGAUCGUGCUGAACGUGAGCGGGCGCCGCUUCCAGACGUGGAGGACCACGCUGGAGCGCUACCCGGACACGCUGCUGGGCAGCACGGAGAAGGAGUUCUUCUUCAACGAGGACACCAAGGAGUACUUCUUCGACCGCGACCCCGAGGUCUUCCGCUGCGUGCUCAACUUCUACCGCACGGGCAAGCUGCACUACCCGCGCUACGAGUGCAUCUCGGCCUACGACGACGAGCUGGCCUUCUACGGCAUCCUGCCCGAGAUCAUCGGCGACUGCUGCUACGAGGAGUACAAGGACCGCAAGAGGGAGAACGCCGAGCGCCUCAUGGACGACAACGACUCGGAGAACAACCAGGAGUCCAUGCCGUCGCUCAGCUUCCGCCAGACCAUGUGGCGCGCCUUCGAGAACCCCCACACCAGCACCCUGGCCCUGGUCUUCUACUACGUCACGGGCUUCUUCAUCGCCGUCUCGGUCAUCACCAACGUGGUGGAGACGGUGCCGUGCGGCACGGUGCCUGGGAGCAAGGAGCUGCCGUGCGGCGAGCGCUAUUCGGUGGCCUUCUUCUGCCUGGACACGGCCUGCGUCAUGAUCUUCACCGUGGAGUACCUGCUGCGGCUCUUCGCCGCGCCCAGCCGCUACCGCUUCAUCCGCAGCGUCAUGAGCAUCAUAGACGUGGUGGCCAUCAUGCCCUAUUACAUCGGCCUGGUCAUGACCAACAACGAGGACGUGUCCGGGGCAUUCGUCACGCUGCGCGUCUUCCGCGUCUUCCGCAUCUUCAAGUUCUCUCGCCACUCGCAGGGCCUGCGCAUCCUGGGCUACACGCUCAAGAGCUGCGCCUCGGAGCUCGGCUUCCUCCUCUUCUCCCUCACCAUGGCCAUCAUCAUCUUCGCCACUGUGAUGUUUUACGCCGAGAAGGGCUCCUCCGCCAGCAAGUUCACGAGCAUCCCGGCCUCCUUUUGGUACACCAUCGUCACCAUGACCACCCUGGGAUAUGGAGACAUGGUGCCCAAGACAAUUGCAGGGAAGAUCUUCGGCUCCAUCUGCUCCCUGAGCGGUGUCCUGGUCAUUGCCCUGCCAGUCCCCGUGAUUGUUUCCAACUUCAGCCGGAUUUACCACCAGAACCAGAGAGCUGAUAAACGCAGGGCACAAAAGAAAGCCCGCCUUGCCAGGAUCCGCGUGGCCAAAACGGGCAGCUCCAAUGCUUACCUGCACAGCAAGCGCAACGGGCUCCUCAACGAGGCGCUGGAGCUGACGGGCACCCCUGAGGAGGAGCACAUGGGCAAGACCGCCUCACUCAUCGAGAGCCAGCACCAUCACCUGCUGCACUGCCUGGAGAAAACCACUGGGUUGUCCUAUCUUGUGGAUGAUCCCCUGUUAUCUGUACGAACCUCCACCAUCAAGAACCACGAGUUCAUUGAUGAACAGAUGUUCGAGCAGAACUGCAUGGAGAGCUCGAUGCAGAACUACCCGUCCACAAGGAGUCCCUCGCUGUCCAGCCACCCGGGCCUCACCACCACCUGCUGCUCCCGCCGCAGUAAGAAGACCACACACCUACCCAACUCCAACCUGCCAGCCACUCGGCUGCGCAGCAUGCAGGAGCUCAGCACCAUCCACAUCCAGGGCAGCGAGCAGCCCUCCCUCACCACCAGUCGCUCCAGCCUUAAUCUGAAAGCAGACGACGGACUGAGACCAAACUGCAAAACAUCCCAGAUCACCACCGCCAUCAUCAGCAUCCCUGCUCCUCCAGCGCUAACCCCAGAGGGCGAGACUCGGCCACCCCCUGCCAGCCCAGGCCCCAACACGAACAUUCCUUCCAUAGCCAGCAAUGUUGUCAAGGUCUCUGCCUUGUAA